AUGGCACUGCCGAGUGAGCGCUCUUGCAUGCAUAACGACAACAACAACAGCAGUGCUAGUGGCGGCAGCAGCAACGCCUUUGCACUGAAGGUGGCGGGGUGGCUUCUGCCUGACGUGCGGCGGCACCUCUUUCUGCUUGCUUGGGUCUGCGGUGUGCCGCUCCACGUGCGGUACGUUGUGCACCUUCUCCGCAUGACCGCCGUGCCGCUGGAAAUGUUCAUGGCGGAGGACGCAGCCGAAGAGUGGGAGGCACCGCUCACCACAACAACAGCAGCAGUGGCAAUGAGCGACAGUGCACUCCGUUCUGCGGCGCUGGACAUUCUCUUUACGCAGGUGGCGAGCGACUGCUGUGCAGCCAACGCGCACGUGGGGGCGGCGCGGCUGUCAACAGAGCCGUGGGCGGAAGUGCGCAGCUUGGCGUACGGCGCUGCUGAGGAGCACGCCGCCACGCAGAUUGUUGCACGGGAUGCCACCGUAAGGGGCGAGGUGCUGGCGCUCGUGCCGGCCCAUGACGUGGCCUUGGCAGAGUUGGAGGUGAUGUACUUUACCGCGCUCGAUCAGGCACGACGGUUCGAGCAGCAGCACCCCUGCGGCGACGCUCGCCACCACACGCCGUCUGACGGGAACACCAGGGCGCCUGCUGGACAACAGCAUCAACGGCGUCUUGGCUCCCCGGUGAACAAGGAUGCUAGGGUAGAUGUCGUUGUGGUCGGCAGCGAUGACGAGGGGGAGGGUUCCCCGGAGAGAGAAGUCGUGAUACUAUCGGACAGCAGCAGCGGGGACGGCGAAAGCCAAGCGAGGCGGCGACGGAAAUCUGCGGGGGCCGUCUACGAAGUGGUGGAGUGA